GGCGAGAAGGACACCGGCUUUAACGUAGCAGCAUGUUGGGUUCUUCUCUCUUUAUUUGAUCUCGGCGCUCGCGGUUUGGUUCAAGAGAUCGCAAGAAGUUUAGGGUUUCUCUGACGAGGGUUUCGUGGUGGAUGGAGGAUGAUGUGGCGGAGGAGCUCCUCGUUGUCGAAGCUGAGCUCCAAGACGUCCAAGAUGAAAUCAGAGCACUGCUUGAUCGCCAAGAAAAGUUGUAUGAGAGACAAUCCGAGCUAAAAGCUUUGCUGGACGUAUGCAAAACAUCUGAAUCUGUACCAAGUAACAAUGCUGAUGUUGCAGCAAAAGAUUGGUCAGGUUCCUUUGAAUGGGACGCUGAAGCCGAUGAUAUUCGAUUCAAUGUUUUUGGUAUUUCAACUUAUCGAGCAAAUCAGCAAGAAAUUAUAAAUGCUGUCUUGAGUGGAAGAGAUGUGUUAGUUAUAAUGGCUGCAGGUGGUGGCAAAAGCCUCUGCUACCAACUUCCUGCUAUUCUUCGUGAUGGCAUUGCAUUGGUUGUUAGCCCCUUGUUGUCCCUUAUUCAAGAUCAGGUUAUGGGACUUACGGCUUUGGGCAUUUCAGCGUACAUGUUGACUUCAACAACUAGCAAGGAAGAUGAAAAAUUUAUCUACACAGCCCUAGAUAAAGGUGAAGGAGAAAUUAAAGUUUUGUAUGUCACUCCUGAAAAGAUAUCAAAGAGUAAAAGAUUUAUGUCAAAGCUUGAGAAGUGCUAUCGUGGUGGGCGUCUUUCUCUUAUAUCAAUUGAUGAGGCACAUUGCUGUAGUCAAUGGGGUCAUGAUUUUCGCCCUGACUAUAAAAAUCUUGGUAUUUUGAAGAUUCAAUUUCCUAAUGUUCCUCUAAUUGCUUUGACUGCGACUGCUACUUAUAAAGUCCAAGCGGAUCUUAUGGAGAUGUUGCAUAUACCCAAAUGCAUCAAGUUUGUUAGCACAGUUAAUAGGGCCAAUCUGUUUUACAAGGUACAUGAGAAGCCAUCUAUUGGAAAGGUGCUUAUUGAUGAAAUUGCAGAUUACAUAAAAGGCUCAUAUCCCAAAAAGGAGUCUGGAAUAGUGUAUUGCUUCUCUAGAAAAGAAUGUGAGCAGGUUGCAAAGGAGCUGCGGGAACAUGGGAUUUCAGCUGAUUAUUAUCAUGCUGAUAUGGAUGUAACUGCUCGUGAGAAAGUUCAUUUGCGUUGGAGCAGCAACAAAUUGCAAGUUAUUGUUGGUACGGUGGCUUUUGGAAUGGGAAUCAAUAAGCCAGAUGUUAGAUUUGUCAUUCAUCACAGCCUCAGUAAGUCAAUGGAGACAUAUUAUCAGGAAAGUGGCCGAGCUGGGAGAGAUGGGCUUCCAUCUGAUUGUGUGUUAUAUUACAGACCCGGUGAUGUUCCUCGUCAGAGUUCUAUGGUCUUCUAUGAGAAUUGUGGCUUGCAAAAUCUCUAUGAUAUGGUGCGAUAUUGUCAGUCUAAAAGAACUUGCCGGCGAAGUGCUUUCUUUCAGCAUUUUGGGGAGCCAUUACAGGACUGCAAUGGGAUGUGUGACAACUGUGCUUAUGGAAGUCAGAUUACAGAAGUAGAUGCCACUUAUCAAGCAAAACUUAUAGUCUCGUUGUUACGGGACAUGCAAGAAAUUGACCAGAGAACAACCAUGUUGCAAUUGGUGGACAAGGUUAAAGUUAAGUUGAAAAAUGACAAGGGUGGAAGUACCCCUCCAGCUUCUGAUCUUAAAAAGGAAGAACUUGAGCACCUUAUACUUCAGCUAAUACUGGGCCGUGUUUUGAAAGAAGAAUUUCAACAUACUGCCUAUGCUACCAAUGCAUAUGUUGUACUCGGACCAUUGUGGAAACAAGCAUUGCAAGGUACAAAAGCGGUUAAGCUGGAAGUUUGCGUUGGAAAGCAAGUGAACAAAGGCAGUGUGAAAGCUGCUAAGCGGAACCUAACAUCUGACCUUGAGGUUAAACUUGAUGAGUUCCGGAAGGAGCUGGCUGCUGGCAGUGGGGGUGUAUUUCCCCAUGCUGUUUUAUCUGCUCAACAAAUUUGCACAUUAAGCACCCAGAAGCCAACUAACAUUAACGAGUUGGAAAAGCUAAUUGGUAAAGUAAAGACUGAAAAGUAUGGGGUUCAGAUUGUUGCCUUCAUGCAGCAAUACCUAUCUAAGCAAUCUAGUAGUAGCACCCCAGAUUUGGCUAAUGCUAAUGGUAAUGGAGACGCGAAUCCAACUACCAAAAAGCGGAGAAAGGCCAAGGACCUUGUUGUGAUUGAGAGCAGUGAAGACGGGGAUGGUUGCAUGGACUAGGUAGUAGGUAUGUUGACUCUUUUGCGUCAUUAAGUUCCAUCGCGCUUUAAACGGUGAAUGAGAUCCUUAAAUUUGAGGAUAGUAGUAAGGAUAGGCAGGCAUGGUGAUGUUAGUACAUAGAUAAAUGGAUUGUAAUGAGUGGGAACAGUAACUUAUAUAUUUAUGCAAUGGCGAUAAGUCUUUUUUGGGUUUU